UCGAAAUCACUAAUUUUAGGAUUUCAUAUUGUGAGUUUGUGACAUAUAUUAUUAAUUUUAAAAAUCGAGAAUCAUCAAAACAAUUCGUUAGAUACAAAUAUUACCAAUUGAUCCCGCAUAGAUGUUCAGUUUACUUGUCAGUUUUAACUUUGACAUUCUGACGGUCUUGUAAUUCGGGCCUAAUAAAUGCACCCUCAGUUUAAUUUGUUCGCUCAAAGAGUUUGGUUAAGUUACACUUUUCGAAAUACAUUUCGAGGUGAUAAUUAUUUAGUGUAUUUGUGUUUCUUAUCAAUAUUCUUGGUUGUACUUUCAUCAUACUAGUGAUUAGUAGCUUUCCAGGUAAAAGAAAAAAUAUAUAUAUACAUAUAUAUUAAAUACAAUUCUUAAGGAAAAUGGCGUACCAAGGCUUAGUCGCUUCUAUCGUCAAAUGUCUCAAGCAGAUUUUGGAAAAAGACGACCUGGGUAUCGAUUCUAAGGAGAGUCUAGAAGUAUCAAUUCAAUGUUUAGAAAGUUCUUACGAUAUUAAAGCAUCCGAAGAUUAUGAAAAUUUUGAUAUUCUUGAAUUGUACAAAGCCCACAAAAAUGAAGAAAAAAUUGAUUCUACUCUAACACCAUCUGAAUUAAAAAUAGAAGCCGAAAAAUUGAAAAAUCAAGGAAACACGCUUAUGAAAAUGGAAAAGUUCAACGAUGCUUUAAAGUGUUAUUCCAAGUAA